AGAGAAGAGAGAGAAAGUCCGAUUGUUUCUCCAGUAACUGCAAACCGACCUUGUGUUUGAAAAUGGCGUCGUGCAGGAAAAUGUCAAGUUGUCUACUGAUUUUGCUGAUUCUUAUUUCGACCUAUUUCAGUCUAAUGGCUAAUGGCAGACCCGAACCAAGCUCGUAUGAAACCACUACUGGAGGUGAUCAAGACCAGAAUAUGCUGAUGAGAGGUUUAAUAGGAUCAAGUCCACCAAGAUGUGAGAGAGUGAGAUGUCGUGCGUGUGGACACUGUGAAGCAAUACAAGUUCCUACUAAUCCUCAAACAAAGCUCCAUCACUCUCCUUCCUCUGAGAUUAUCAAUCUUGAUUACACCAGAGGAGACGACAGUACUAAUUAUAAACCAAUGAGCUGGAAAUGCAAAUGCGGUAACUCUAUCUAUAACCCUUAAAGAGAUUUCUUACUUUUGAUCGAUAAUUUUAUUUCUUCGCUUUUGGGUUCAAUUUCUAAAAUAUCUGUGUACAUAUAUAUGCUUUAGUUGUAAUCUCCAGAGUUUCUAAAAAUUCUGCGUUAUUUUGAUUCUGAUGUUGUUUAUUAUUAUACUGUAGUUAACAAACAACAGAGAUAAAUAAAACUUGUGUUAUCAAAUUGAUUUGUUUUUGUUAUUAUAGAUAAUGGGUUUUGAUUUUACAAAUCGUAAAAGUAAAAUCUUUUUAAAAUAAAGGAAAUAUGAUUAGAAGAACACGUAUCGUAAACAGAACGCACGGAAACCUAUUUUCAAGACGAUUCUGACAAAUACCAAUUUUGUGGAUGAAAGUUACAUCACACACGUACGUAUGCAUCUAUGUAAAUGUAUAACAUUAUCCAUGUUCAUAUGAGCUUUAUGGUUGGAAACAAGUUCCAUAGAUGAUGGACAAAUAAUCAGUCGUUUUGCUGUCGUCAAACGUCGCCGUUUUAACGACUAUGUCAUCACAUUGGAUUUGGGUUGUACUUUUUUAUUAAAAAGAUUAAUUUAUUUUCUCAAAAAAGAGAUUAAUCUAUUUAGUGACCACUGGUGGAUUUUCUGCGUCCUAGUACUUGUUUCAGUAGUGCAAAGGAUUAAAUUAUUUAGUGACCGCUGGUAAUUUAUUUAGUGACCGCUGGUAAUUUAUUUACUCCAAAUGACAUCCUUGUAUUUUCCUGAAUGAAAUAUUCAAAGAAAAUCUGAAACCAAAAAACUAAAUAAGAUAUCUUGACUAAUUGAGCAGUGGAAGAAAACUAAUGGAUACAUUGUGAUAAAUGUACUAUGAUAUGAAUAGUUCAUAGGUUGAGACAUAUUAAACGAUUAAUCAGCAUCUACAUAUUACAAAACGAUGAUAGGUAUUAUGUCUACUUUUAAGUCAAUGAUCAAUUUAUAUUUGUAGGCCAUAAGUUAUAGCAUGUUUUUUCGUUUUAGUCAGAUUUAACAUCUGGAAUAUAUACACAUUAACAUGUAGAAGUUAAUAUGAGAUUGGGACAAACACUAUUAGGCAUAGAGAAAAUUAAAGAGUGUGAGAUGAUGGGAUUGAUCAUGUGGAAAGAAGAAGGGAAUUGACAAAACAAAAGGAGAAGAUGUGUGCUAUUGUCUGUGGGGUUUACCCAUUUCACAAAUCAAGCAAAGCAAACAGUCUUGAAUCUCUCUACUGUUUUUCCUUUGAAUGACUUUACUUCAUUUUUGUUUGUUUGUUUUCAUUUCAUUUAUUACUAAGUAAUAGUGCUACUCAAUAGUUAAAUAAUAAGUAAACAUAUUUGGAAUUGGGUGGAGACCCAUGUUGUGUCAAUCAGAGUCAGUAUACGCCUGCCACUGUACAGUGCUCCCGAUUUAACUAAUCUUCAACGCCGCUCCAAAUAUUUAAUAUGAUAUCUACAAAAUGAGUCCCUUAGAGCACUUCCAUCAAUGCUAUGAGAUGCAAAAAAUGAUUAGUUGUUAAUUAACUAAAAGUGAUUGAUAAGGUUUUAAUAUCCAUCCCAUAAAUUAGUAAAUAACUAUUAUUAUUUAUCACUUACAAAUAAUAAAAUAUAAAUAUAAUCUAGAUGUAACAAAAUUAUUAUUUAUCAAUUACAAAUAAUAAAAAUAUAAAAGUUUUAAACUGAAAAUAACAAAUAAUAUAUAAUAUUACUUUUGGUGUAAGAUUUAGUGUUAUUGUUGGAGGUGACAAAAAAAAUUAACACCAAAACACCAAAUUUGGUGUGAUUUCAACACCAAAUUUGAUGUCAUUGUUGGAGAUGCCCUAAUACCAACUAAUGAAAAGACUCGAAAGAAGAGACAGAAAACUUCCACCUUACAAUUGUAUUAUAUAACAUUCUGAGUAUGUCUUUGUUAAAUCAAUUUUGCUAGUAUGUGUACCGCCGACAUGAUAUGUUUAUACUUUGUAGAAGAUUGAUUGCACACUGUCGCACGAUCGUUAAACCCAUUAAAAGCAAAGUGACAAAAUGAAAAGACUCGAAAGAAGAGACAGAGAAGGAAAAAAUGAGAGUUCCAAAGCAUAAAAUACAAUGGCCAUUCCCAUCUCUUUUUGUUUCUGUUUCUUACCGUUUGUUUAACUGUUUUUAAUCUCUUCUUUGUUGCAUCACUUCCUUGGAACUAUGGAUGCAAUAAAAAGGUUAGAGAUUUAGCCAUUGGAGAUAAAAUCGUUAAAGCACACAGUUGACAAGGUACAAUCACGUGGAUGCACUUUGGACAUAUCCAUAAUCACUUUCUCUGUUUCAAUGAUCUAUUUUGACGUCCAUUGCUCCAUACCUAAUUUAUUGUUCUUGUACGAUACAUACCUUUGUUCAUCAUAAUAUAUGAGAUGGUUAAUGCUUCCACGUGCGAUAGAAGUAAUAUUAUGAGAUCGUAUAUGAGAUCGUGAAUAGAUUAUUUCAUUACUUCAAAUAAUAUGGAUGAAUGGUCAACCAUAUUUCGUCGUGACCUAAAAGUUAGGCAGAGUUGAUCACUCUGAUACGUACUAUAUAUAUAUAUAUA